AUGUGGACAUUCGUUGAGCUAGCGCUCGUUUUCUUGUUCGUGCCGGAGACUUACCCUCCGCUACUGGUGAAGAAGAAAGCUAAUAAGCUUCGACAGACAGGUGAAUCACGGUAUUGGGCACCUCUUGAACGACAGGUAUCGAGCAUGGCGCGAAAAAUCUUGAUCUCAUGUUAUCGGCCAUUCCAACUUUUGUUCUUUGAUCAGAUGGCGUUACUUCUCGACAUAUGGAGUGCACUGGUACUCGGGAUUUUAUAUCUUAGUUUCCAAGCCUUCCCGUUUAUUUUCGGAAGGGUCCAUCACUUCAACACGCAAAGUACAGGCCUAUCAUUUCUCGGUAUUGGGAUCGGAAUGCUGCUCGGGAUUAGCACGCAACCAAUUUGGAAUAGGCUUUACAAACGCACAGCAGCUAAGAACAAUGGCAAAGUCGCGCCAGAAGUUCGGUUGGUCAUGGGUGAGGUUGGAGCGAUAUGUGUACCAGCUGGACUUUUCUGGUUAGCCUUUACCACGUAUCCCGGCGUCCCUUGGAUAGUUCCCAUCAUUGCCUCUGUCCCCUUCGGUGCAGGUAUCUAUUUCGUCUUUACUUCAACUUUCACUUAUCUCGUCACGGCGUACCGUCCCAUCGCUGCGAGUGCAAUGGCAUCGAACAGCGCUAUGCGUUCUACGUUUGCCGCUGUUUUCCCCUUGUUCGCACGGGUGAUGUAUGUGAGGCUCGGGACAGUUGGUGCCACCGCACUGCUUGCAGGUUUGACAGCACUAUUAGCGCCUUGUCCAUUCAUCUUCAGAAGAAUUGGUGCUAGGCUUAGACACAAAUCACGAUUUGCGCAGCAAUGA